AUGGUAGCAAGCCAGAGCCUGGUAGCAAGCCAGAGCCUGGUAGUACGCCAGAGCCUGCCUGGUAGCAAGCCAGAGCCUGGUAGUACGCCACAGCCUGGUAGCAAGCCAGAGCCUGUUAGUACGCCGGACGUUGAUAGCACGCCAGAGCUUGGUAGCACGCCAGAGCUAAGUAUCACGCUAGAGCAUUGUAACACGCCAGAUCAUUGUAGCACGCCAGAGCCUGGUAGCACGCCAGAGCCUGGUAGCACGCCAGAGCCUGGUAGCAAGCCAGAGCCUGGUAGCAAGCCAGAGCCUUGUAGCACGACAGAGCCUGUUAGUACGCCGGACCUUUGUAGCACGCCAGAGCCUGGUAGCACGACAGAGCUAUGUAGCACGCCAGAGCAUUGUAGCAUGCCAGAGCAAUGUAGCACGCCAGAGCCUGGUAGCACGCCAGUGCCUGGUAGUACGCCAGAGCCUGGUAGCACGCCAGAGCCUGGUAGCACGCCACAGCCUGGUACUACGCAAUAG